UUCAUUGACCGUCUCGAAAACAUGUCAUGAGUGGUUUUAGUGCGCCUUUUGUGAUAUUUUCAGCGCCUCCGCUUAAAAUACAGGGCGCAUGUAGAUUUAAGUAGUAAGCAGCACAUGAUCGCCAUGGGUAGUGACCAACACUUUUGCCUGCGGUGGAACAACUUUCACAGCAACAUUGCCACAUCGUUUGAACAUCUUCGCGACCAUGAGGACUUUGUGGACGUGACGCUGGCAUGUGAGGGGCGCAGUCUGAAGGCCCACAAGGUGGUGCUUUCGGCCUGCUCCCCCUACUUCAGAAACUUGCUCAAGCAAAAUCCUUGCCAGCACCCCAUUAUAAUUUUACGAGAUGUGGCAUAUGUGGAUAUGUCAGCUCUUCUCAGCUUUGUGUAUCAAGGAGAAGUUUAUGUAUCUCAAGACAGGCUUACAACCUUUUUACGCACUGCUGAGAUGCUUCAUAUUAAGGGACUCACUGAACAGAAUCAGCAGCAAUCUCACAUAGCUGCACACCAGCUGCAGAGAGAUCAGGGAGGGUUGGUAAACAAGGUGGUGAGCAGCCUGGGUGCCAUAGCAGUUCAGGGUCCGUCCUCACCAUGCUUGAGAUCCACACCUUCACCCACCAGCCAUAUGCUCCAGCAGCCGUCCCACAUCUCACCACCACCCAAGAAACGCCGACCAGCCAGUAGUCCAAUCCUCAGCUUACCAGUUUCCACCGCAGCACCUUCUACCCCACCCCGCUCAGAUGUGCCCUCAGCCCGAAUAGAAUUAAGUCCUCACUUGGAGGGAUCUACAUUGGCUGCAGCUCUCACUAAGCCUCUUAAUUCAGUCAGUCAGAGAGGAGACAACACAAGCCGAAGCUCGCAGCCUGCGCCUCCCCCACAGUUACCCCCGCCCCCACUGAUAGCAGCCCCCCUCCCCGCCCCAGAUGUGCCAAAGGUAAAGCAGGAAGAUGAGGGGGAGGGGGUUGGGGGAGAAGAGGACUGCCAUAUACCAGACCAGGCAGUAAAUCUAGUAACAGAAGGCUCCAUUUUAAGGCAGCGCAUCCAGGGGUACCAAGGAAGCAGUGAUGCACCCCCAGCUCUACCUCCACCUACCAACAGUUCCAGUAGCCGCCCUACACAGGCACUGCUACAUCCUCACAUCGUUAAAGACGACUCCCUUAGUGAUGACACGAAUAUAGGUGAAAUGGGGGUAGAGUUGGGAGAAGGAGGUGGGGAGAAGGAGGCUCUAGCCAGUCCACCACCCAUGGUGAUCAGACCACCACUCAUGGGUCUUCUACCAAGGGAAGCUGCAGGUUUAUAUCCGGGUCCGGGAACGUCAGGGUCUUUAGGUCAGCAACAUGAAUCUUCUCAAGAACCACGUAAUGGCGGGCUGGGGGAACACUACGCAGGACUGGACGCUGAAUAUCUGGUGCGGGCAUGCGUUCCCAAGCUUUGGAACAGCCGGCAGCCAGGCAUCUGUCCCAUAUGUAACCGCGUCUUCAGCAACAAAUUCAAUCUGAAACAGCACAUUAUCAAUAUUCACACCAAGGGUGAGGGGGUGGAGUGUGACUUGUGCCACAAAAAGUGCAAAAAUAAGUGGUACCUGCGACGCCAUCAGGUGACCCAUCAUGGGGCUCCGCUUAAGCGAAAUCGCAACUACACCAUGGAGAAGUAUGUGAAUGAUGAAAAUGAUCAGGGAGCUAAGGACACAACGUCCGAGUAGCAGUCCACUCGUUACUGCAUGUGUUCAGGGGCAGGAGGAGUCGGGCCCUACUGCUCUAGACUCUGCAGAAACAUAUCAAUAAGCGUAUUUAGGUCAGCCAUCUUAAACCUCGUAUACUGAUAUCUUGUUAUGUGUCAUAAGUCAGAAAAUUGAGUGUAUUAGAAGGGAUUAUGUGUAUCGUUGUUAAUGGCUGACCUAAUACAUCUUUCUCCAAAGAGGCUGAUCAUAUUUUAUUUAGAUAUUCAGCUUUUAAGAGCUGGCAGAGUCUUUGCAAUGCCCUCAGUUUUCAUUCUCAGGCAUAAAGUAAUAACAUAAGUGCUCAACAUUUACAGUAUAGGCCUAAGUUAGAAUGAUAAUGUCACUACUUAAAUGUCACAGCUUUGGAUGGCAUACAAGGAACUAUGGCCCGCUUGAGUAUUGGUAAUGUGUUGGUUCAUUGGUGAGUGGAUGGUCAGAGUUUCCAGUGUGUCUGUGUGGAAUAUGUGGAUCUUCGCCACUUGCAUAGGGUAAUUGAUGAAGUUGCAAGAAAUAUAUGUAAAGCUUGUUCUCACUGUAGGUGUGAGAAGUUAGCAGUACAUGAAAUUCUUGAAACAAAUGCUUUACAUUGAAACUCUCUCUUUUUUCCCAGUGUAACUUGGGAAUUCUUUUAACCCUGUAAUUCCUCUGUACCUAAUUUGUGCCAAAAAUUUAAAUUUUUUCUUCCCUUAGCUGUUGAUCAGGAAAUAAGUAACACUUAUUGUUUCGGAAGCAUCAGGCAAUCAAGAUCUUGCGCUUCCAAUUGUGCAAGUUUGAGAUGAUGUGAUGACAGGGAGACCUGCAUUUUGAAGUGUUUUGAAUAUGCAUAUAACAAUGUGUACAAACUAAGUAGAAAAUCACAUUAUCUCUUGAGUGCAAAGAUACUGUGCCACUAAUUCAUAACUUCUAUGUCUUCCAAAGGCUACGACAAUACCUAACCAGUAUGUUCACGUGUAUUACCAUAGAGGUAGCUGUUGUUUGUCAAUUUUUUGAAAUACCUCAACAAAAUAAGAAAGUGGUUGUUAGUGUUUACUGGGCUUAUCCCCAUCACAAGUGUUGCUCUUUUUCAAAGUCCAGCUAGACAACGCUGCUCCUUCUACACUAUAGGGGAUGACUCAGCAUAGUGAUAAUCAACUCACUGUUUACCAAAUUGUGAUAAGCAGCCAAGUGAUAAAGUCCUAUGAAUGUAUGUAUGAUAGUGCAGAUGUUAUAAUGAUUCCUUAUACAGUAUCAAUCAUAUUUAUUCAUUACGACACGUGUAAGAACUUUUCUUGUAUUGUACAGUAUUCCUUUAUUACUCAUACUGAAUCCCCAGGCUGGUGACAUUACUCCAAAUGAAAAUGAAUGCUGGCGAGUUUAGUUAUAGUGACCGACUGCUGGUUCUGGUAACAUUAGCAGUGGAGAUGAUACUUGUAGUAACACUUACUGCUAGUGAUGCUCUUUUUAAUGACUCUUGGCAUUUGAAGAGUUUUGUGACUACAUUAUUAACUGUUGAUGAUGUUUCUGAAAGUGAUACCAGGUGCUGGUGAUACUUCUUGAAAUAAUUCUUGGUUUUGGUGAUGUUUGUAGUGAUGUUAUGCUUGUUAUGGUAAUACCAUAUUUCAAGAUCACUGUAAAUGAUAGUUGAUUAAUCCUAACAUACCACGUUUUUGGUGGUUAAUGGUUCAUGGACAAAAUAUAAGUAAUUCUGACAACACACUAUGUACCAUCUUUGCAUUUUUGUACAGUAUUGGCACCAAGAUAAAUUUUUAUAUAACAUGAUCAUUAUAUUUUAGCAAACAUAUCGUGUUUAUCCUUAGUUUUGUGAUUUGCCAGUACCCGAGUGACUGGCAAGCACAUUUUGAACCAACUCGUGUAGUCUCUGUUACACCUUCUAUCAACAACUAAAUUUGUGAGAAAUAUAUAACGUAUAUAGGGGUAUUAGCAGUUCCUUCAAAUAGGAAGAUUGUUCACAGAUGGUACAGAGAAGAAAUGGCUCAUGAUUUUGAAUAUUACUCAGCUUAAGCAAUAGAGGAACAUUUAGGAAAAUGUUACAUGUGGUUCCCUGAAUAUAGGAAAGGUUACAUGUAGUUCUGAAUACAUCUGAUAGACAAUUUGAAAGAUUUCUUUGAUACAGUACAGUGCAUGUAUGUGUAUGUAUGUGUGUGGAAUGACAGAGCGAGUGGCUUUUUGAAAUUUUAACGGGUGUUGUAGGCUACUUGGCUGUUCAAAAACAAUCACUUUGGUAAUUUUUUUAUAUUGUUUUAAGGUAAUUUGAUAGGAAUUUUAUUUUAAUGUUAAGAAAGUGUUGGCCUUCAUUACCUCAAAAUCUUCAUUGAUAUAAAAGAUUUAAUCUUAGGAAACAAUUAUCAUUACCUCAAAAUCUUCAUUGAUGCAAAAGAUUUAUUCAUAGGAAGUAAUUGUCUUUACCUCAAAAUCUUCAUUGAUGCAAAAGAUUUAUUCAUAGGAAUUAAUUGUCUUUACCUCAAAAUCUUCAUUAAUGCAAAAGAUUUAUUCAUAGGAAGUAAUUGUCAUUACCUCAAAAUCUUCAUUGAUGCAAAAGAUUUAAUCUUAGGAAACAAUUAUCAUUACCUCAAAAUCUUCAUUGAUGCAAAAGAUUUAUUCAUAGGAAGUAAUUGUCUUUACCUCAAAAUCUUCAUUGAUACAAAAGAUUUAUUCAUAGGAAACAUUUAUGUCAUGAUACCUCAGAAUCUUCAGUGAUGCAGAAGAUUUAAUAUUAGGAAAUAACUUAUGUAAUUACCUCAAAAUCUUCAUAAAUGUGAAAGAUUUAGUGUUAGGAAAUAAUUAUAUAUCAUCGCUUCAUAAUCUCCAUUAAUGCAAAAGAAUUUUACUGUUGGGUUGACCAAAGACUAGAGUUCAUUGUUCACAUGUCUACGGGUUGAAGAAUUUUUUGGAAAAUUAUUACUGGUGAAUUGUGAACUGUGAUGGAAUGGAUAAUGUCUCAAAUCUAGGGUUGUUAUUCAGUGGUAAGGCAGCAUGAAACGGGUUUCUCAGGUUAAGACUUCAACAUCAUAAUAAAUACCUGGGCUCAGUUUUUAUUUUUCUUAAAGCCAAUUGUUAUGCAAGCUUGGUAAUUCAUAAUUGUAAUUUUCUUCCUGGACUUUGAUCUUGGUGUUUAGUAUGGGUUAUUAAGAGAUGUAGGUGGGGCCUAUACAUUAUAACAUAUAUAUCAUGUGAGUGGUACAGUACUGUAUAUAAUAAAUAUAAUAAUGCUAGAGAAAAAACUCAAGAGUCAACUUUGUUGUUGUUGAUAUCUUACACACUUUGUUCAGCAGAAUGAUAUUCACACCUUUCCUGGUUGAUGACCACCCUAUGAAAAGACACUUGCCCUUUCAUGCAUAUGUCACUCAUGAAUACAAAUGGGCAAGUGGAUUUUUCAAGUGCUGGUGACAGUUUUGAUUCCUCUGUCAAGUUUAUGUCAGUCCUAGGAUACGAUGUUAGAGAAUUAUGGAAGAUAAAAUCUUGAACUGUUGUACAGAGAAGUAUUAGCCAUGUGAGGAAUAAGAAUAACUUGAAGAUGGUAGUUUAGUAGAAAUCAAAUGAUUUUGGUCUGCUUCUUUUCUAAAAAUACCCUUUGUAUAAAUACAAGUGCACAGAAUGGGAUCAUCAUAUAAGAUCACACCUACUAUAAUGGUUGGAAUGAUUGAGUGAAUUUAUUCUGCCUUGCAACAUAGCAGGAAAAGGCUAGCAAGAGCAAACAACAACAACCAAAAAACUUACCUUUUCAGUUAGGUAUCUGCAUGUUAUUUGUCAUCUGAGUACAGUAGUGAUGACAUAGUCUGCCACUGAAUGUGACACACUUUCAAAUUAUCACAACUGUGUGUUAAAGGCAUUGAGUUUCACAUAUCUACAGCAAACAAUGUUUUUCAGAAUUUGACAAAUGUGUGAUAUGUUGACUGGUAUAGCAAAAUUUCAUCAUUAGAAAAUAAUGGAUCGAGAAUUAAAUGUUUUUAAACUUA